AUGUACCAUUUUAUUCUGCAGCAAUCAAGUACCAAAUACGGUACUUCAGUGUUGAAUUCUAUGCUGAAAGACAUCUGUGCGGCGCUACUGGAAGCCAACGUUAAUGUUAUGCUAGUCAAAAAACUUAGGGAGAAUGUACGUAAUGUUAUUGAUUUUGACGAGAUGGCUGGAGGUUUGAACAAGAGGCGCAUGAUACAGAGCGCUGUAUUCAAAGAAUUAGUGAAAUUAGUUGAUCCUGGUGUAAAAUCUUACCAACCAGUUAAAGGCCGACCAAACAUAAUUAUGUUUGUCGGUCUACAGGGAUCUGGUAAAACAACAACUUGUACCAAAUUGGCAUAUUAUUAUUUAAAAAAAAAUUGGAAAACUUGUCUUGUGUGUGCGGACACCUUUCGUGCUGGAGCUUAUGAUCAGUUGAAACAAAAUGCUACUAAAGCCCAAAUACCRUUUUAUGGAAGUUAUACUGAAGUAGAUCCUGUUGUGAUAGCUCAAGAUGGUGUAGAUAUGUUUAAAAAAGAAGGUUUUGAAAUAAUUGUUGUUGACACUAGUGGACGACAUAAACAAGAAGCUUCUUUAUUCGAAGAGAUGUUACAAGUGUCAAAUACUAUUAAACCUGAUAACAUAGUAUUUGUUAUGGAUGCAACAAUUGGUCAAGCUUGUGAAGGACAGGCUCGAGCUUUUAAAGAUAAAGUCAACAUUGGUUCUGUAGUAAUCACCAAGCUUGAUGGCCAUGCAAAAGGA